AUGGAGGUAGCGUCGGAGCCCACCAGAGUCCAAACCCUGGCCCAAGCGGGUCUCACCCAAGUUCCACCGCAAUACAUUCAACCUUCCCACAACCGACCCAACCACCCUUCAUCCUCCUCCGCCGUCCCCUGCAUCACCCUCUUCGGACUCGACCCGACCCGCCGCGACACCGUCCGAACCUCGAUCGCCCAAGCCUGCCGCGACUGGGGCGCCUUCCACGUCACCGACCACGGCAUCCCCGCCUCUCUCCUCCACGACAUCAGGCGCGUGGGCCUCACCUUCUUCAACGACUCCCCCGUCCAGGACAAGCUCCGCUACGCCUGCGACCCCACCUCCGCCGCGUCGGAGGGAUACGGCAGCCGCAUGCUGGAGAAGGACGACACCAUUUUGGACUGGAGAGACUACUUCGACCACCACACGCUCCCCCUCACGCGCCGGGACCCCACGCGAUGGCCGGAUUUCCCGCCGGAAUAUCGGCGGGUGGUUGCGGAGUACAGCGAUAAAAUCGCGGCGCUGGCGAGGGAGCUGCUGGGGCUGAUCGCCGAGAGCCUAGGGCUUAAAACGCAGCGUUUAGAGGAGGCGGUUGGGGAGUUUUACCAGAACAUAACGAUUAGUUAUUACCCGCCAUGUCCUCAGCCGGAGCUGACAUUGGGCCUUCAGGCCCAUUCGGACUUUGGGGCCAUUACGUUGCUGGUCCAAGACGAGGUUGGUGGGCUUGAGGUGCUCAAAGACAAUGAGUGGGUGCCUGUGACGCCUUUGGGUGGUGAUGCCAUUGUUGUUCUUCUUGCUGACCAAACUGAGAUCAUGACCAAUGGGAAGUACAAGAGUUCUGUACAUAGAGCUAUAACCAACUCCAAUCGCCCGCGGCUCUCAGUGGCUACAUUUCAUGAUCCGGCCAAAACAGUGAAAGUAUCCCCUGCUUCAGAGCUCAUCAGUCAAUCCACUCCUCCCCUCUACCGGGAAGUUGUUUACGGAGAUUAUGUGUCGUCAUGGUACACAAAGGGUCCAGAAGGAAAACGGAAUAUCGAUGCCCUCUUGCUUGAAUAGUUUGCAGACCUUCCUUUCACCCCGUUUUGUUCCCUCGACUUGCCUGCACAUUGCAUUCUUGCGACUUGAGGGAAUUCUCUUGCAUACCUUUUCCAGUCAAUUUACUCCAUAUAGACAGUGAGAUUUAUUUCACUUUUCCUUUACAGUGACCGUAGUCACUAUACCAUCUUCCGUCUGUACACUUCCCGUUAAUGAGUUCAAAGCAUAAUGUUGUUUCAAACU